CUUUGCGGCUGUGGUAACUAGUGACAACCCAAGCCAAUGGAAAGCCGUAGUUCCUAAAAAAUCAGUCUGAAGGAGACGGAAUAGCGUAAACCAGCGUCUACAGCAGCAAGUGCAGUCGAACGGAGAGGACUUGUGCUGCCGACGCGCUGAUAACCAGAGCACGGAUGCCUGGCCCAGGGCCAUAACGGAUAUCACCCCGACAAUAUUUUUUAAUUUAAUCGUAGGUUUAGCUGUAGGACGUCGAAUAACAACCGUUCGGUUUCUCCGAAUCGCGACAUCGCUGUUGGUCUUUCAUUUGGAGGGCUCGCCCUUUCUCCGGGAGUCUGAAUGGAAGCAGCAGCCGAGGGAGCAGUUGGGCUGUCAGAGGCCAGGGAAGCGAGUCCGUUAUCCGGGGCCACAGCAUCCGAGGAUGCGGACACUGUCAUUGGAAUUAGCUACGGAAGGGAUAGUGACAUGGACUAUUCUGCUAGAAAAGCACACAUCACAGAGCUGCCUGGUGUCUCAGGCCUACCAGGCCAGGGGAAAAGGAUGGGCCACAGGGGAGUGGAUGCGUCUGGAGAGACCACCUACAAGAAGACCACAUCCUCUGCCCUGAAAGGUGCCAUCCAGCUGGGCAUUGGCUACACGGUGGGCAACCUGAGCUCCAAGCCUGAGAGAGACGUUCUCAUGCAGGACUUCUAUGUGGUGGAGAGCAUCUUCUUCCCAAGUGAAGGCAGCAACCUGACUCCAGCCCACCACUUCCCAGACUUCCGCUUCAAGACGUACGCUCCCGUGGCCUUCCGCUACUUCAGGGAGCUCUUUGGGAUCAGGCCUGAUGACUACCUGUAUUCCCUGUGUAACGAGCCCCUGAUUGAGCUGUCCAACCCUGGGGCCAGUGGGUCUGUGUUCUACCUGACCAAGGACGACGAGUUCAUCAUCAAGACCGUCAUGCACAAGGAGGCCGAGUUUCUGCAGAAGCUGCUGCCUGGCUACUACAUGAACCUCAACCAGAACCCUCGCACCCUGCUUCCCAAGUUCUUCGGCCUGUACUGCAUCCAAUCUGGCGGUAAGAACAUCCGCAUGGUGGUCAUGAACAACGUUUUACCGCGCGCCGUCCGCAUGCACCUCAAGUUUGACCUGAAGGGCUCCACGUACAAACGCUGUGCCUCCAAGAAGGAGAGACAGAAAGCCAAGCCCACCUUCAAAGACCUGGACUUCAUGCAGGACCUGCAGGAUGGCCUGAUGCUGGACCAGGAUAUGUACAGCGCUCUGGUCAAGACCCUGCAGAGAGACUGUCUGGUGCUGGAGAGCUUUAAGAUCAUGGACUACAGCUUGCUGCUGGGGGUCCAUAACAUCGACCAGGCAGAGCGGGAGCAGCAGAUGGAGGGAGGCGAGAAGGAUGAGAAGAGGCCCGUGGCCCAGAAGGCCCUCUACUCCACUGCCAUGGAGUCUAUCCAGGGAGGGGCUGCCUGCGGCGAGUCUAUCGACACAGACGACACGAUGGGAGGCAUCCCAGCAGUCAAUGGGAAAGGAGAGCGUCUACUCCUCUACAUCGGAAUCAUAGACAUCCUGCAAUCCUACAGGCUAAUAAAGAAACUGGAGCACACAUGGAAAGCUAUGGUUCACGAUGGGGACACCGUAUCAGUCCAUCGGCCAGGCUUCUAUGCAGACAGGUUCUUCAAAUUUAUGAGCAGCACUGUGUUCAAGAAGAGCUCCUCCUUGAAGUCUUCUCCCAUUAAGAAGGGCCGUGUGGGCCUGACGGUGCCUAAGUACACUGGCCCCGGGGCCGCCUGGUCAGCCAGCCAGCUGCCCUCGGAGAGAGAUGACAACAUCUACGACCUGAGAGGAGCACGCAGCUUCCCCACACUGGAGGACGAGGGGCGACCAGACCUCCUCCCCUGCACCCCUCCGUCAUUUGAGGAGGCGACCACAGCCUCCAUCGCCACAACGCUCUCCUCCACCACCUCUCUGUCCAUCCCAGAGAGGUCUCCCUCAGACGCUGGAGCAGAGCACCCACGCUACAGGUACCAGAACAACAGCUCUGAGAGAAGGAGGCACACCCAGUCUGUCAGUCAUGACGGGAGGACUCAGGAGGAGGUGCUUGAGGAGGAGCAGCAGACCAUCACGGUGGAGGUGGAGGUGAAGAGACACGACAGCGAGCCCACCAUCACGGCCCCACAGCCCUCUCCAGAGACCAGUGAGGUACCAGAGGUAGCCGAGGCUCCUGCUGCUGCCCCACCCUCCUCCUCCUCUCCCCCAGCCCCUGGGGCCCCUGCUGAAGCCUCUGCUGAGGCCCCUGGCCCAGAGGCUGCUGCCAGUCCCAAAGUGGUGGUGGUGGAGGCUGAGCGGGACCGCCGGGGCAGCACAGUGUCUGGGUCCGGAUGCACCAGCCAAGCCUCCCAGGACGACGAGGAUGACGUGCCAAUCACAGACAUCUACUUUCUUGCAGGGAGAACCUGGGUGUUCUCUCCUGUCCUGCGGAGGAGAAAGCUCCAGACCAGCUCUCAGAUGCAGUCCCCCGGAGGACAAGACCUGGGUGUACUCCCCUCUGCACUACGGCAGUGAGUCUCAGACCUUGCCGGAUGGGGAAGGGGAGGAGAGCGAGACAUAAACACUCCUCCGUAGAGCUGAGAGGAUGAUUCCGUGGAGAGAGGAGCCAUCAGACUGAUCCCCGGGCCUCUGAGUAGCAGGCAGCAGAAGCUUUCCAGUCCAGACCUGUAUUUUAAACCAUGGAUACAAAAACAAAACAGACUAAAUACUGGGAGGAAACCCCCUCGACAUCCCGUGGUCACAGUGGUGAUGAUACUGUAUGAUCGAUUCCCCUCCUUUCAACCCACCCCAACCCCAAAUUGCCAUACCAGAAGAAAAGCAGGAACUCAAAUUGCUAGGCUAUACAUCUAGCAUGCCCCAUAAAAACAGGGUCAUUGAGGCAACUCUGCUACUCCUCUCACAUUCCCAAAUGUUGAUAUAGUCAAAUGGUCAUAUCAUGUGUUUAAUUGAUAUGUUAAUUUAUAUUGUGUGCUUUUUCUUAGUUUUUUCUUUUGUUUGUGUUGUUUUUCUAUCUUUUUUAUUUGUGCACUUUUUCAGCCAUUUUUUAAUACUGUGAAUAUAUUUAGUUAUGUUGUGUGCAUCAAAUUUAGCUCUAGUAUCAAUCUUAAUGUUGUUUUUCAAGAUAUUAAUCGCUAUCAAAGUGUUACUUUACCGCUAUGAUGAAUGGUACUUUACCAUUGGAGAGGGAACACUUUAUUUCCAUAAAAUGAAAAAGAAUCUAUAGACUUUGUUUCAGAAAACAUGAUUUGGUAAAUCUCAUAAGCCUACUGUAUUCUUUUACAGGUUUGUUUAUUCAUUGUUAUGUAUUUAUUUUGUAAUUUCUAUCACAGUAUUGCUACAGCCUUCUAGCCUCAAAACCAGAUCAUUGGAACACUAAAUAAGGUGGGGUAUUGUCAAUCAUUUCAAAAUCCUACAUCAUUACAAUGUCUUCCAGCUCCGCCCAACUUCUGGAGAAAUGCAAACAAAUCAUUUUCUAAGCAUAAUGAUUCAUUGAGCUGUCGUAAUAUCAUGAAAUACCAACAUUUCAGCAGUCAAACUUUGGCACUGAAUGUUAGCUCUGCUGGAGGGGACUUAGGCUAAUGGAUUUGAUUACUUAGGCUAAAUAACUCACACUAUCACAUAUCAUGUCCAGAAUUAAUUAAUACUUCUGUUAUUUAGUAAUAGUUAAUCAGAGAGGGAUUUCAGGCUGCUUUCAGACAGCACUUUUACCUGUCAACCAUCAUCAGAUGUGAAAGUGACGUCUUCAUCACAAUCAUCUGGCAUAGGAUUAGUGUUAUAGUCUUUAUGCGAAUGACAUGUUCUAAGGUUUAAGUUAUGUUUCUAUGUUUUUAUUCCUCUUUUUGUGUUUCUCACUUGGCUGUUUAAGUUAGUUGGUGUGUUUGUAUGUCUGUGAGUGCGUGCGUGAGGGAAGGUGUCAAUGUCAAAACGUGUAAAAUACUGAUCAUUCUAUCAUAAUGUGCAGUGGCCAGUUGUAAUCAGUUGCUGUUGUUAAUGUCAUCAAGAGACCAUAGCAGCAGUAUGUUGUACAGUACAGGUGUAGUCUUAGUUACUUUUAAUUGCCUUAUUGAGAAAUUAAAACGUAUCAUAUCAAUGUUCUUUUCAUAGCAGUGCUGUUGUAUUUAUUAUUUUCAAGUCAUUUUUUCAAUAGUGUAGUUGUGAGCCUGAAAAUGUGUAUAUAGAAUUAUAAAUACAUAUAUAAAGAUAUAUAAAUAUAUUUUCCAUUUGAAUUGGAGAAUAUUAUUAUUUUUUAUUUUUUUGAUUAAGAUCUACACAUGAUUUACUGUACCAUGUUCUUCAAGGUGUUGACAAGAUGCAGCUCUAUUUAGGGUUUAUAAAUCACAGCUGUUUUUUUUGUAUGAUAUCCGUUACUGAAGAGUUGUCAGUUUUACUGUCCAUGCAAAUCAGUAGGGGUUGUUCUGACAGUUUAGCUGUAUUUGUGUACAUGUUUUCAAAUCACUGUGUGCCCUCCUUUACAGAGACAUAGCAUGGUUUCAAAAUGAAUAUGCAUAUCAGAGAUAUGUAUUUAUGUAUAUCUGUGUAUAUUCAUCUAUUUAUUCAUGAGGAUAAAUAGAUGGCUGUAUGUCUGUGUGUGUUUGGACCCUUACGAUGAGAAUGAAUACAAAAUAAAGCAGUUCUAUGUCUAUGAAA